CUAGUCUAUAUCAGAUUUUAAUAUUUUAAUAAACUAUUUAUAUAUCACAAAAUGCUCGAAAGUGUGAAGCAUGUAUUUUUAGUACUUUCGGGCAAAGGUGGUGUUGGUAAAUCAACUGUAAGCUCACAAGUAGCCCUUGCUCUCAAAGAAUCUGGUUUUAAAGUAGGUCUUUUAGAUAUUGACUUAUGUGGACCGAGCAUACCCUACUUAUUAGACUUAGAAGUUGAAGAUGUUCAUCAAUCGAGCGAAGGGUGGGUACCAGUUUUUGCCGAUUCCGAACAAAAGUUAGCAGUUAUGUCAAUAGGUUUUUUAUUGAAAAAUCGAAAUGAUAGCAUAGUAUGGCGAGGCCCUAAAAAAACAAGUAUGAUUAAGCAAUUUUUAACGGAUGUUGUCUGGCAAGAUAUUGAUUAUCUUAUUAUUGACACUCCACCUGGCACUUCUGACGAGCAUAUAACAGUAAUGGAGAACUUACGUAAUGUAAAAUGCGAUGGUGCAAUUGUUAUUACUACACCACAGGCAGUGUCAGUUGACGAUGUCUUAAAAGAAAUUACAUUUUGCCGAAAAACCGGUAUACCAAUAGUUGGUAUCGUUGAAAACAUGAGUGGUUUUGUUUGCCCAUCAUGUUCGGAGUGCACAAACAUAUUCUCUUCUAACGGUGGAGUCUCUCUUUCAGAAAUGGUAAACGUACCUUUCAUAACUAAAGUGCCUAUUGAUCCAACAAUUGGUAAAUUAGAGCUCAGAGGCCACAGUAUUUUAAAAAUGUAUCCAGACAGUGAAAUGUCAAAAGCUUUUAGUAAAAUAGUAUUGGAAAUAACCAAAAGUAAAGAAGCAUAAAUAAAUUGUACAUUUUCAUUUAAAAAAUUUUCUAUUAUAUAAU